CACUGUGUAGCGGGAAACAUAUUUUUCUGACGCAGUCUCCAUAGCCAUACACUGCAUAUAGCUUCUACCUGCUCAUCAUCGCCAAGAUCAGAUUUUUACGCGUUUCAGAGCUCAAACCAUGUCUAAUCCCAACUGGGAAGCGGAUAAAAUGUUAGAUUUGUAUAUUCACGAUUAUCUCACGAAGAGACAAUUACAUGCUACUGCAAGAAUAUUUCAGGCCGAAGGAAAUGUUUCAACGGAUCCUAUUGUUAUAGAUGCACCUAGUGGUUUUCUUUUUGAGUGGUGGUCUGUCUUCUGGGACAUAUAUAUUGCCAGGGCAAAUCAGAAGCUCCAAGAUACAGCUCAGAAGCACCAAGAAGCAGCAGUAUCUUACAGUAAGAGUCAACAAAUUAAGGCUCGACUAAUGCAGAAGCAACUGGAGCAAGAGCUUCAGAAUACAAACCAGAAUCAGCAAAUGCAAUUCUUAUUGCAAAGACAUGCUCAGCAGCAGCAGCAACGUCUGCGUGGAACUCAACUUAUUAGUGGCAGUGCUAGCUGUCCUAUUAGCAGUGAUCCUUUGAUGAGGCAGAACCGGGCAACUUCUAAUGCUAAUACAACAAAAACUUAUGAAGACAGGUUGAAGCUUCCACUUCAGAAAGAUGCCUUAGAUGACACAAGCAUUCAGCAAAAAGUAAUUGAUGAUGUUGCUCAGCUUCUAAACCCAAACCAUGCCUUAUUGUUGAAAGCAGCAGCAACAACUGGUGAACAGGCUACAGGACAGACAUUGCUCAGUGCACCUAGUAUUUUACAGGGGGAUAUUCAGCAUGUCCAAAAUCUGAACCAGAAGCUUCCAGGGUCUACACAAGACUUAAACAGUGAUAUGAAUGCAAUGAUGAGGUCUCAAGCUGUUGUUUCAGAAGGAUCCUUUAUCAGUUGUCAUGGUUCAAAUCAAGGUGGUAGCAAUUUGACUCUUAAAGGAUGGCCUCUAGCAGGACUGGAUGAGCUCCGCUCAGGAUUUCUCCAGCCGAAUAAUUUGAUGCAGUCUUCACAAUCUUUCCAUCAACUUUCUGUACGGCAGCAACUUAUGCUUCAGGCACAACAAAAUUUGAUUUCUCCUUCUGCCAGUGAUUUUGAGAGCAGAAGACUCAGGAUGCUUGUUAAUGAUCAAAACAUGGCUCUUUUGAAAGAUGGCCAAUCAAAUUCUUUAGGUGAUUUAAUUCCUGAUAACAGGUCACCCGCUCAAGUUGGUUCCUCAGUGCUGCCUCAUCCUGACUCAGAUAUGUUCCUUAAGCAACAAAUUCAAAAGAGUAGUCAGCAGCAUCAACAAUGUUCACAGCACCCUCUUUCAAGCCAUCAGUCUGAAUCUCUCCAGAAGCAAGAAAAAAAUGGUCCUGGAACCAUGACUGUAGAGGGCAAUGUGUCCAAUACCUUACAAGGAAACAACCAGGUUUCCAUAAGUAAAACAGGGCGGAAGAGAAAACCAGCAUCAUCUUCUGGUCCUGCCAAUAGUUCUGGAACUGCAAACACUACAGGACCACCUAUCAGUUCACCUAAAACACCAUCUACACAAACACCUGCAGACAUGAUGACAGUGUCAACUCUGCAACAGAAUGUUCCUUCCUCUAAGUCAUCAUUUAUGUUUGGUACUGAUGGUUUGGGCCCACUUACGUCAGCACAGAAUCAAUUGGCUGAUAUGGAUCACCUUGUGGGUGAUGGAUGUUUGGGCGACAAUGUUGAGUCAUUCUUAUCUCCUGAUGAUACAGAUGUUAGCAAAAAAAUUGGCAAAGAAAUCUCAUUCAAGGAUAUCAAGCAUAUAGGGGCAAGUUUGCAUAAAGUUGAGUGUUGUCACUUCUCAUCAGAUGGAAAACUUCUUGCUACAGGUGGCCACGAUAAUAAGGCUUCUUUGUGGUGCACAGAAUUGUUUAACCUGAAAUCUACACUUGAAGAGCACAGUGAAUGGAUAACUGAUGUUCGAUUUUGUCCAAGCAUGUUGCGUGUUGCUACAUCCUCAGCAGACAAAACUGUUAGGGUUUGGGAUGUUGAUAAUCCAAGUUAUUCUCUUCGUACAUUCACAGGACAUGCAACAACUGUGAUGUCACUAGAUUUUCACCCUAGCAAAGAUGACCUUAUUUGCUCUUGUGACAAUAGUGAGAUAAGAUACUGGAGUAUUAAAAAUGGUAGUUGUACUGGGGUUUUCAAGGGUGGUGCAACUCAGAUGAGAUUUCAACCUUGCUUGGGAAGGCUUCUUGCAGCUGCAGUGGAUAAUUUCGUAUCCAUUUUUGAUGUGGAAACCCUGGGUUGCAGACUUAAAUUACAGGGCCAUAAUAAUCUUGUCCGAUCUGUGUGCUGGGAUUUGUCUGGAAAAUUUUUGGCUUCUCUCAGUGAUGAUAUGGUUAGAGUAUGGAAUGUUGCGUCCGGUGGCAAAGGGGAAUGCAUUCACGAGUUGAAAGAUUGUAGGAACAAAUUCAGCACCUGUGUUUUCCAUCCCUUCUAUCCUUUGCUGGUCAUUGGCUGCCAUGAGACUAUUGAGCUGUGGGACUUCGGUGAUAACAAGACAAUGACUCUGCAUGCACAUGACGAUGUUGUAUCUUCCUUGGCAGUAUCGAAUGUUACUGGAUUGGUGGCUUCAACUAGUCAUGACAAGCAUUUCAAGAUCUGGAAGUGACUAGCUCUUUGCCUCGUGGUAUUCACAAUGUAGAUAGAUAUUCCUUCAGGCUUCACCAAACACACUAGGUUUUUUUUUGUUGCUUCUUCCUCAUAUUCUAUAUAGGUCAUAUUUAACAGUGAAAGGGAUGUUUUGGAUUUUGGCCUGGUCCCUGAUUUUCUGAUACCAGCCAUACGACCCUUCUGAAAAGUUUUUCCCUACAUUUUGGUUUAAAAAUAGAAAAAGGGUAUACAAUGAAAAUGGUAAAAACCCUAAAAUACAUAUACUGAUGCAUGUUUUGGAAUUUUACUUGGGAAAUAUCUUGCUUUUUUAGCCCCCGCUCUCUUGAUCCUAUUUAUAUUUUUUUGAUUACGUCUGAAAUGAAAGUGUUCUUGGGAGAGGAUCAUUGCUAUUUAGUCAUCAAGUUGUUUAUGGAAAGAAAUAAUGCAUGUAUAUUGAGUAACAUGUUAUUCAGCCAAUUAUGUUUGAUUCUCCAUUUAGUGGAAGAAAUGGACAUCUCUAGUCCCUAACAGCUUCUACUGACACGUGUAUAAAAAAUGAUCAAUGGUGGAAAUUAUUUAUUUAUUGAGA